AUGUGCCUAGUAGCCUCCUCCUCUUCUUCGCCACCGCCAAUUCACCGGUUGUCAUUGGUGGAAUGUCACUCAACCCCAUUAGUCUUGCAACCAGGGCUGGUGGAGCCCGGAAACUUUCAGGGGAGUUUAAGGAUUUUGAACGCCUUAUUUCGGCCGGCAAUGUUGGACUUCUUGGUAACAUAUCAUAGGAGAAUCUUGGGAGAUCUUUGGUUUCUUGAAGUAAUGAAUUGGAAGAAGAUGAUGAUGAAGAAGAAGAAGGUUGUAAUGGUGGUUAGAGCUAUUUCUCAUGGUGCAUAA